AUGUCUCAAACCGAUCUGCCCGUAAUCUAUGUGACACACGGAGCUGGUCCGAUGAUGUUUCUCGAUUCACCAGCAAUUCCAGUACUCGGCGAAGUCGGUCGACGUAGUCCAGCAGCUCUAUGGUAUAGUCAAUUGUCGAAACAAUUAGCUUUACCAACAGUACCAAAAGCUGUCCUCGUUGUCACAGCUCAUUGGGAAACCGCAAAUAGUGUUCAUAUUAGUGCCAAAGAAAAGUACACGGAACUCCUUUAUGAUUAUUACGGAUUUCCACCCGAAGCAUAUGAAAUUCAGUACAAUCCGCCCGGUGAUGUUAAUUUGUCUAAACGUGUUAAAUCACUACUUGAUCAAGCUGGUAUCUCAGCUAAACUCGAUGAUAAGAGAAAUUUCGAUCACGGUGUUUUCAUUCCAUUGAAACUGAUCUAUCCCGAUGCCAGUAUUCCUGUUGUUGCUAUUUCCGUUCUUAAAAGUUUAUCUCCUACUGAACAUUUAGCUAUUGGUAGAGCUCUUGCGCCAUUACGAAAAGAAGGAGUGUUAAUUAUUGGUUCUGGCUCGUCUGUUCAUGGAUUUGAAGUAAAUGCAAAGCAAUCACAUGCAUUUAUGACUGAAUUAAAGAAAGUUCUCGUGGAAGAUAAUCCACAAGAUCGUGAAAAGGCAUUGAUGAACUGGGACAAAGUUUUACCAUUUGCACGAAUGAAUCAUCCACGUGAAGAACAUCUCAUACCGUUACAUGUGAUUGUUGGUGCAGCUGGUUCAGAUCGCGGACAAUUAUUAAAUCCCAAUGUGACAGAGGCACAGGCGUCUUUUAAAUUUGGUAUUUAA